UGCAUGCUGCAAUCUGAUUGGUCGGCGGGCCUGGCUUAUUUGCAUCUGACGUCACCCCACUGAAGACUCAACGUCGCUGUGGAGUGGAAAUAACCAACUCCAUUCACAACACACAGAGCUCUGAAUCAUACCCACACACAAAACAGGAUUUAUUUGUAUAUUAAAGCUUUUAUUCAUUUUUUAAAAAAAUGUCAAUAGUCAUUACGUGUCCCUAUGUGUCCGGUGUGGAUGAAACGAGUGAAGAAUAACUGAUUUUGCCGUGUUGUCAGGACGCUUUAAACGUUAAAAGAGUCAGACCAUGAAUUACGUGGGGCAGUUGGCAGGGCAGGUGUUUGUGCAGGUGAAGGAGCUGUACCGCGGCCUGAACCCGGCGACUCUCUCUGGCUGCAUCGACGUCAUUGUGGUGCGUCAUCCCGACGGCUCCCUGCACUGCUCGCCCUUCCACGUGCGCUUCGGCAAGAUGGGAGUGCUGCGCUCACGUGAGAAAGUGGUGGACAUCGAGGUGAACGGCGAGCCUGUGAGUCUGCACAUGAAGCUGGGAGAUAACGGCGAGGCUUUCUUCGUCACGGAGGCCGAGAACGAUCAGGAAGCGGUGCCCGCGUACCUGGCCACGUCGCCGAUCCCGUCGUCCUCCCCCAUCCAGACCCUGGGCCCCGAGAUCGGGGCGACGAAGCGCAGGAGGAAGCGGAGGAGGAAGUCCAAAGUGGACAGCUUGAAGAGGGAGACGAGCACGGAGUACUCGGAGUACGAAGCGGUCUUCGCCAUCGACAUGAGCUCGCACGAAGGAGACGACGAACACAACGGGAUUUCUUUGAACGAACAAGUGAAUAGUUAUACGCAGAACGCUGUGUAUACCCGCUCUGAUGGAGACUGGUCACCUAUACAGAGCCCCAGUGUCUCUCGCCCCUGCUCGCCAAAGAGCGACUCUGAGCUCGUCACUAAAUCCGGUGAGAAGCAGCAGGACCCGGCCAUGCUCUGGGCCUGGGGAGAGCUGCCUCAGCCGUCCUUCCUGUCGUCUAAACCCGAUCCUCCUGCUGCACGUCCCGUCCCCAUUCCCGUUUCGGACAACGCACACUUCAGAGCAAUCCCCGACGCGUCAGCCGCUAACGAUCAUCCCCAUGGUGAUGGCGACGCAUCCCUAUCCCAGUUCAUCCCCACAGCCAAGGACGGCAGGACGGAGAGGACAGACACGGACGAUGCGGGACCGGUGAGCGGGAGCAUCGCAGCGGGGAACGAGCCAAUCAGAACGCAGAACAGCCUUGCGGAAAGGGAUCCAGAGACGACGAGAACGGAGGCAGUGGCAACUUUAACAGCGGGUUUGGUGUCAGAGGUCGAGGGAAGGGGUGUGGCCAGCGUAGGGCCCCGCCCACAUGGCAAAACCGAUUCACCUUCCAAGAGAAAAGAUAAGAGAAGCCGCCAUCUUGGCUCUGACGGAGUGUAUCUCGAUGACAUCACAGAGCUGGAGCCGGAAGUGGCGGCGCUCUACUUUCCCAAAAGUGAGAACAGCCGCGCAGGGCGUGUGUGUUGCGAGAGCGCGUUACGCAGCAUGAGCACGUCUCCUCCGUCCGUGGGAAGCUCGGGUGCGGACAGCGGCGUGGACAGUUACUCAGACCAGCCCGCUGACCUGCCCUCUAUCGCCCUCUCCCUGUGUGGAGGACUGACCGACAGCCGAGAGAUCACUAAAGAGCACUUUCAGGAGAAGGCCCUUUCCUACCAGCAGUUUGUAGAGAACCCCACCCUCAUAGAUGACCCGAACCUGGUGGUCAAAAUCGGCUCGAAAUAUUACAACUGGAGCACCGCUGCACCGAUCCUGCUGGCUAUGCAAGUGUUUCAGAAACCGCUGCCUAAGGCCACCGUGGAGAGGAUCGUGAAGGAGAAGAUGCCGAGGAAAGGAGGACGCUGGUGGUUCUCGUGGCGUGGGAGAGGGAGCAGCUCCAAAACGGAUUCUACGACUGUAAAUGGACCGUCUGGAGGAGCAGAGCAUGCUGGGAAGAUGGCUGCCAUCAACAGGCGGAACGAUGAAUCCUCGUCCACCAGCGACGAAGAGCACCAAUCACCAAUCAAACAGACAGCCAGCUCCACCCAAUCAGAUUCCUCACUUAGCCAAGGGGGCGUGUCUUACAGGAAGACGCUCCGCCUCACAUCCGAACAGCUGGCUAGCCUGCAAUUAAAAGAAGGCCCGAAUGACGUGGUGUUCAGCGUCACCACUCAGUACCAGGGCACGUGUCGCUGCGAGGGAACCAUCUACCUGUGGAACUGCGACGACAAAAUCAUCAUCUCCGACAUCGACGGCACCAUCACCAGAUCGGACACGCUGGGACACAUCCUGCCCACUCUGGGGAAAGACUGGACACACCAAGGCAUCGCCCGCCUCUUCCACAAAGUCAGCCAAAAUGGCUAUAAGUUCAUGUAUUGCUCGGCGAGGGCGAUCGGCAUGGCGAACAUGACCAGAGGAUACUUACACUGGGUGAACGAGAGCGGCACCAUGCUGCCUCAGGGUCCCGUACUGCUCAGUCCCAGCAGCCUGUUCUCAGCACUGCACCGGGAGGUGAUUGAGAAGAAGCCGGAGAAGUUUAAGGUGGAAUGUUUGACCGACAUUAAAAACCUGUUCUAUCCAAACACACAACCUUUCUACGCUGCCUUCGGAAACAGAGCCACGGACGUGUAUUCGUAUAAGGAAGUGGGCGUUCCCUUAAACAGGAUCUUUACCGUCAAUCCGAAAGGAGAACUGGUACAGGAGCACGCCAAGACCAACGUGUCCUCGUACGUGCGUCUGGGCGAGGUGGUGGAUCACGUCUUCCCCCUCCUGAAGAGAACGAGCUCGUCAGAUUUCCCCUGCAGCGACGCGUACAGCCAGUUCACCUUCUGGAGAGAGCCGCUCCCUCUGGUGGACGGACAGGAGUGUGCAGGCGUGACGAAGAGCUGAAACACACACACACACACACACACACACACACACACACACACAGCACUGUAUAUCUUCACAUAACUUCAAGAACCAGACAUUCACGAACAUACGUUUGCACAUAUUUUAUAUCACGUUAGCUAUUGAAUAUUUUAUCCCGCUGUUGUUUGUUUUUUUUUUUUUAAACGUUAAGCGUUCUGGAUUCUGAUUGGUCAGAUGGUGUCGGUUAAUUUCCUGUAACAGCAGCUCUGACAGCAGCACAGCCGCAAACCACAGGUUUAUACUCGCGCUCUUAUUCGAAAAAGGUCACCGAUCAGGGUUUUUUUUUUUUUUGCCUUAACUUCAUUAGAGAAAAGAAAAGAAGAGAGGCUGGUGAGAGAACGACGUUUACAGCUGCUAUAACGGAGGCGAGAACUUGUUUCGCGGACGUUCAGGAACGUUAAACGUAACUCGAAACGGUUAAAAAAAAAAAAAAAAAAAAAAAAAAAAGUACCGUCCGUUAGGAAAUGUUAAAAUUGUAAUCGUCGGCGAAUCGCUGCGGUGUAAGACGAAUAAAACGCUUCAGGACGUUUCCACUGUUACAGGAAAAGAAUCGCAUGGAACGCAGGUCUGGAAAAGGACACGCGGAACGCUGCUGUAAAAACUGUCCGAGAUAUAAGGAACGCUGCCUUCCAAACGAGACCGACGUGUCUCACGUGCACAGAAAAGAAAAAAACAAAAAACUGUAGAGCUACGCUUGUAGAGCCACACACACACACACACAGACGUCCUGCUACAUGUUUAUUUAUUUAUUUUUUUAUUCAUAACUCGCUGCUUUUGGAGCUUUUCACCAGCUGUGCCAAAUCUCAGAAUGAAAAGCUCAGAGACUGUUACUGUGUAGAGUAUUCGAUACUGAAAUGGCAAUCGUAUGUAGAGUAUAUCAGACAUACACUGGCACUUUAGAAAACUGUAAAACAACAAUAACAACAACAAUAACAACAACAACAACAACAACAACAUGCACAAGGUGUGAUCGAGUAAGCUGCGGUAGAGACGAGUGCAGCUUCAGAUUAAUCGCUAAUGAUUAAUAAUAGGACCGUGAAAUACUUUAGGAUUAUUUCUGUAUGCUGAGACGUACGAUAAGAUGAUGUUACGUCCCGGAAACGUAGCGUUUCCUCAGUCCGUACAGGGUUUUACGAUCAUCGCGGCCGAAAACGCAGAAAACUUCUUGAAUUUGCGAAAUCGCAAUCGUACGUCUUUCUCGCUGACGUUUGUUGCGGUAAUAACGAGACCUUUUUUUUUUUUAGCUGUACUCGUGUUCGACGCACGUGAAUCGAAGAGGGCUUUGUCGUGAACGCAUCUCGGCCCAAACCUGCGGAAAAUCCGUGGUAGUUUUGAAAAAAAAAUUAAAAAUUGCGAGCUCCUAAGAAUAUUGGGGAGUUUGAAUGCGUUUCAUUUAUUCGUGAACGGUAUGCCGGUCAGCGUCACGCUCCGGUGUUCAGGGAACACACUCUGAAUGUCCACAACACACACACACACACACGUUCACACACUCUUUCACGUCCACCAUAGCCAAUCCGGCUGCUAGUAUGUUUUUUCUAGAUGGGAAGAACCCGGAGAACCCCGGAAAAACAGACAGUAAUUCAAGCUCAGGCUCGAAUCCUGAAACCCUCUGGAACAAAAGCUGUUACUGUAGCUGUUUUAUUUUUUUUCCUCUCCUAACAAAUCAUUCAUCAACUGUUUAAUAUUUCAUGAGAGAAAUUUGCUGUCAACAUUUCAGGCCGUGAACUGAUCAAACUGUAAAGUCAAAAUAUAUCUCUGUAUAGAUCUGUGUGAAGUUCUAGUUCUAGUUAUUCUUUCUGUGAAAGAUCAGUAUAACAGCGGCGUAUCGUCCGUCUUCUCGGUCCAGCCGCUGCUAUGAAGACGGAAACGUGUUAAACGGCUGUAUCGGACUUUCUCUCCACGCUGUAAAAUAAACUGAUUUAGUCUGAAUUACUUCUGAGUCGUGAUGAGUACGAUCCGUAACGCUUACCGGUUCAGCUCUGGGUUACAGGGGACAGACGAAGACGCGAAAGAAUCCUAUCGUGUUACUUAAAGAGCGUACACAAUACACAAUCAUGGCGAUCUGUCUCGCUACGUUCCUGAAAUCGUUCCUGAACAGUGUUUGCGGUGUCGCAGGACGCGUCAUCCUGCUGAAAGAGGGAACACCGUUGCCAUGAAGAGGUGUACUUGGUCUGCGAGAGUGUUUAGGUAGGUGGAACGUGUCAAAGUAACAUCCACGUGAACGCCAGGACCCGAGGUUUCCCAGCAGAACAUCACCCGGAGAAUCACACUGCCUCUGCUGUCGAGCAGAUCUUUCCACUUGCCCACUCUUCCUGCUUUCAACACACCAACUUCGAGAACUGACUGUUCACUUGCUGCCUAAUAAAUACCCCUCGACAGGCGCCGUAACGAGAUAAUCACCGUUAUGCACGUCACCUGUCAGUGGGUUUAACGUUAUGGCUGAUGGGUGUAUUUUGAAAGGUCAUGUCUCCUUUGAGUUGAUCAAAAAAUCGCAGAAUUUUCAGACAAUAAUCUUGGAGCGAUGUGGAGAAAGAAAUAUCAUACCGCGACACUUUUAAGACAUUUCUACGAUAUUUAAUAUGAAUCAUGAUGUAAUAGGUUUAGGAUAACAAACCACCGGCAAAACAAUAGUGUUCCAUUUAGUUUAAUAACAAUAGUUAUUAAGAAAACCUGAGUUGAUUUAAAGUCUACUUGCUCUCUAGCUGAAAAAAAAACAACAACAAAUAAACCCAGAAAUAAGAAGAUAAGAAAGUGGGAUUGCUCUCUGCCUAAAAUGUGGUUAGUGUUGGUGAAAGUAGGCCAGUUCGAUUCCAGGAAUUUUGGAGUCGACUCAGAUUCCGAUUCCAAGCAUUAGGAAUUGAAGGAGUCGAUUCAUCAGAGGUGAUUCUUUCUUGUUUUCUAUUUUGCUUUUGACCAUGAAUAAAAUGAACUAAGGCCCACAUCUGAAUAAAUAAAAGCAAUAUUACAGUGUUAUGAUGUCAAAUCUUCAGAUUUACUUGCGGUGUAUGAAUCUUUAGUUUC